AUGGAUGAAUUUAAGAAAAACAGGACACAGUACAGGAGAUUAUUUACGAAAGCUUGCAAUGAAUUUGAUGCAGAAGAAGCUUGGUUAAGUGAUGAAGAUAAAUUACUUAAACUUAAAGUAAUUGAAGAAAAAGCACUUUUAAUGAUUGAGACUGAAUACAAGGUUAGAAAUCAUCUUUGCGAUGAAAAUAUUUCAGAAACAGAAUGUGAUGCUGAGUUCGAUCAAUCCGAGAUUUAUAUUGAUCGUUGGCGCGUUUUAGGACAAAAACUCAAAAAACUUUCAUCAUGUGAAAAAGAAGAUUCUGUUUCGGUUUCAAGUGCAAAUACAUCGCAGAAAAAUACUCUGUUACGGUAUCCUAAGAUACGGCUCCCGUCAUUCAAUGGAGAUAUAAGAAACUGGCUCGGAUUUUGGGGACAGUUUCAAAAGAUCGAUAAAGACUCCAACUUGGACCUACAUGACAAGUUUUCUUAUUUGUCACAAAGUAUGGUUAAAGGUAGCAUUGCUGAGGAUUUAAUCAAAAGUUUCCCGCCUGGAGGAGAUAGCUAUGAAAAAGCAUUAAAUCAGCUAAAGAGUAGAUUUGGAAAAGAAGAAUUGCUGAUACAGAUCUAUGUAAGAGAUCUAUUAGCAUUAGUUCUUCAGAGAGAAAGUGCUCAAACCAAAUCUCUUCGAGUGUUAUACGACUUAUUAGAGACUAAAUUGAGGGCAUUAGAGUCUCUAGGAGUAACUAGAGACAAAUAUGCUUGUAUGUUAUUUCCACUAAUUGAAUCAUCACUUCCACAAGAAACUUUGAGAGCUUGGGAACGAUGCCGAGCAACAAACCGGAGAACGCGAGAUGUUACUCCAGAAAAUGAAUUGAGUUCACAGUUGGAAGAAAAGAACGACUUGAGAUCAAUUUUGGAUUUCCUACAAGAUGAGGUAGAGGCUGAAGAAAGAAUAAUUUUAGCUUCUCAGUCAUUCGAUUGCCCUAAAGUGAAAUCUACUUCUCGAGAGAACAGUAAAUUACACAUUGAAAAGAAAAAUGAUAAUAAAUUAAAGUUUGGGAAUAGAGCUCAAGUAGCAACAGCAGCUGACCUUUUUACUGCAUCGCGGGAACAGAAACUGUGUAUUUUUUGCGGCAAUCACCAUGAUUCGAAUGAUUGCAUAAAAGCAGGGAAAAUACCGCUUAAAGAGAGAGAAUUACUAGUCGGAAAAUCUCACUGCUGUUUUCUAUGUCUCAAAACAGGACAUCAAGUUCGUCAAUGCAAUGUGAAAGCUGGAUGUGCUAAUUGUGGAAGAAGACAUCAUAUUUUGCUGUGCAGAAGUGGCCAACCGCAUUUACCUUCGUCUUCUGAAAGAGUUGUUGCAUUAGAAGAAACUCCAAAGCAAGAUUCAGCUCUCGCAAACAUUUCAAUGUCACCAAAAGUGAUGUUGCAAACCCUAAUAAUAAUCAUAAGAGGAAACGGAAAGAGCCGUAAAGCGAGAGCAAUUUUUGAUUCUGCAUCCCAGAGGUCAUACAUUCUAAAAGAUACGGCAAAGGAGAUGAAGUACGAAGUCCUGGGUUCAGAGUGUCUCAAACAUGCACUUUUCGGAGGAAAAAAUUCUGGUGUGUGUAAACAUGAAGUUUUUAAACUGUAUUUAACUAGUGCUAACGGUAAUUAUAACUGCAAUUUUGAAGUUUUGAGUCAACCAGUCAUAUGUGAAACAAAGCCACCUACAAAUGAACUCUGUAUAAAAGAACUCUGUGACUUAAAUAUUCAUAUUGAGGAUGAUAGUAGAGCCCCUAUUGAAAUUUUGAUAGGAGCAGACGUUGCGGGAAAACUGAUGACAGGUGGUUAUAAAUUACUUCCUAGUGGCCUUGCCGCAAUUGAAACUAAACUAGGGUGGACACUAAUGGGGAAGAACUCUACUUUAGAAUCUCGAGAAAGCACUGCAUUACUUGUAACGAGUAUGAUUUGUAAUGAUACUUGUAUAUCAAACUUGUGGUCACUGGAAACGAUCGGUAUACUGGAUCCAUCUGAGAAGAAAACGCAAGAUGAAUUGCAUGCAGCAGCUAAAGAACAUUUUUUGAGAACUGUUAGAAUAGACGAUGAAGGAAGGUUUAUCGUUGAUUUGCCUUGGUUGAGUGAACAUCCCCCUCUGCCUGAAAAUUUUGAAUUGGCUUUGAAGAGACUGAACAACACAGUAAAGAACUUAAAAGCGAAAAAUCUGUAUGAGGAUUAUGACCUGGUUUUCAAAGAAUGGGAAAAGGAGGGAAUAAUUGAAGAGGUUCCUUAUAAUGAAAUUCAAGAACCAUCGCAUUAUUUACCACAUCGGCCUGUUGUCAAAGAAAAUAGUACGACUCGCAUUAGGCCAGUAUUCGAUGCUUCCGCUAAGUCGAGAUCUUCACCAAGUCUAAAUGACUGCCUUGAAAAGGGUAUGAACCUUAUGGAAUUCAUUCCAUCAAUAUUAACACGCUUUCGUAUGUAUAAAAUAGGGGUUACUGCUGAUAUAUGUAAAGCGUUUCUGCAAAUCCGUGUAUCUGAAAGGGACAAAAAUUAUCUGAGAUUCCUCUGGUACAACGAUAAGUCUGAGCUAAAGUAUUUCAGGCACUGUCGUGUAAUAUUCGGUGCUUCGUGUAGCCCUUUUUUACUCGGAUCUGUGGUUCAGUAUCAUUUAGAAUCAGCACUAGAAGAGGCACGAGUUGAGUCCUCGAAAUAUCCCGUUGAAACUGUAGAAGAACUUGCUAACAGUUUUUAUGUGGACAAUUGUCUUGUUAGCGUAAAGGAUGAAGCUCAGUUGCAUAAAUUUAUGCAAGCGGCUACAGAAAUAUUAAUGGAGAGAAAAUUUGAAUUACGAGGGUGGGAGUACUCGGAUUCCCGCUGUCAAGUUUCAGAACCCACGAAUGUGCUAGGAAUGAUGUGGGACCGUGGAAAUGAUACCCUCAGUUUAAAGUUAUCACAUGAUACUGAUACCUCUUCGAUGAAAAUUUCUAAGAGGUCAAUUUUGUCUGCUGCACAUAAAACGUUUGAUCCUUUAGGCAUAGUCUGUCCGGUUACUUUACUGCCAAAACUUUUGCUGCAGAGGUUAUGGGAAUGCAAAUUAACAUGGGAUCAAGAAGUAGAUACAAAUACUGAAGAAGAAUUCUUGAAAUGGUUGAAAAAUUUGGAGACUUUGAAAGAAUUGAAGAUAACUAGAUGGUUGCAAUGCGAAUACGUAAUUGAUAGUUUACAUUUUUUCUGCGACGCUAGUAAAUCUGCCUAUUCAGCUGUUGUUUUUAUAAAAAUUUGUUUGAAUGAUUCAGUAGCUGUUCAUCUGCUAAGAGCUAAAUCUCGGAUUGCACCUUGUGGAAAGAAAGAGACGACUAUAGCAAGAUUAGAGCUUCUUGGAGCCACAAUUUUAGCACGUCUUUCUGUAGAAGUUCUGAAAGAAUUCAAAAAAGAGAAAAUUGUGUUUUGGACUGAUUCUACUACCGUUCUUUCAUGGUUGAGAAGAGAAGGGCCGUGGGGAGUGUUUGUACAAAACCGAGUGCAGGAAAUUAGAUCCUUGACUCCUUUGAAUGCAUGGCGGUUCGUCCCAGGAUCACUAAAUCCAGCAGAUCUUCCGAGUAGAGGUUGUUCUGCUCGUCAACUUCUUUCGUCAAAAUGGUGGGAAGGUCCGCAAUGGUUGUAUUUCUCAUCGGAAGAAUGGCCAAAAGACGAAUUUUGUGUUGAUGAAGAAGAAAUUCAAAGUGAAAGAAAGAGAGGCGUGGUAUCAUCUAUGGUCAACGUGCAAUGCACAGAUAACAUUGUAAGUGACCGAUUUUCAAGUUAUACGAAGACAAUCAGAACAAUUGGAUGGAUCUAUAGAUUUUAUCACAAUAUUUCCAGUCAGAAUAAGAUAAUAGGAGAGUUGACAACUGAUGAGUACAACAGAGCUGAAAUUGCACUUAUGAGGCAAAUACAGUCAGAGCAAUUUCAUGAAGAUAAUCGUUUGCAGAAGCUGCAAACAUUCAAAGAUAAGGAUGGAUUACUACGAUUACAAACAAGAUUGUUUGAUUGUGAGGAAACAGAAGAGUUUAAGAGUCCUAUUCUGUUACCUUCAAAACAUAAAGCGGUAUUGAAAAUGGUGACUGAAGAACAUAAAAAAUCUUUCCACGCAGGACUGUCUACUUUAUUAGUGAGAUUAAGAGAAAAAUAUUGGAUAUUAGGCGUCAGGAAGUUAGCUAAGCAAGUGAUUUCUAACUGUGUUAUAUGUAAACGCCAUACAGCUAAACCUCUGGAAGUGCCAUUCGCCCCAUUACCAAGAGACAGAGUCACCCAUGCAGGUGUUUUUGAAGUUUCCGGGGCUGAUUAUGCCGGGCCUUUGUAUUUGCGAUCAGGAGAAAAGGCCUGGAUCAUUUUAUUUACAUGUGCGGUUUACCGAGCUGUACAUUUUGAGCUAGUUAAGUCAAUGUCAACAGAGUCAUUCAUCUUAGCAUUAAGACGAUUCGUAGCUCGAAGAGGAAGAAUUGCUGUUCUCUACACCGACAACGGCAUGAGUUUUGUUGGAACGAACAAUGUGCUAAAGACGCUCGACUGGAAUAAAAUAAGCUCUUAUUCCACCACAAGACAGAUUUCUUGGAAGUUCAUUCCACCAACCGCUGCCUGGUGGGGUGGUUGGUGGGAGCGCAUGGUUGGGAUGCUGAAAGGCCUUUUAAGAAAAAUGCUAGGUAAAUCUUCUGUUAACUACGAGGAGCUUUCAACAAUAUUAUGCGACUGUGAAGCAAUCAUCAACUCGAGACCGUUGACAUACAUAUCAAGUUCACCAGAUCAACUGAUGCCCUUAACUCCGGCUAUGUUUCUGGUAAGUGACAACUGCACCAAGAUUGAAAAUGCUGAUCUAGAUGUGGUAGACAGAACCUUGUUGACAAGAAGGUCCAAAUAUCUACAGAAAUUAAGAGAAGACUUACGACAAAGAUUUAGAAAUGAAUAUUUUGCACUUCUAAUUAACCAAGGCUAUAGGAAAGUUAACUCAUUAGAAGUUGGUGAUAUCGUUUUAAUAGGGAGUGACGGAUCCAAGCGUAAUGACUGGCCUCUUGGAGUAGUAAUAAAAAUCUAUCCUGGAGCAGAUGGCCAUUCCAGAGUAGCCAGAGUAAAGACACAACAAGGAGAGAGCCUGCGGCCAUUUCAAAGACUAUAUCCCUUAGAACUAUCUGCGACUGAAGUUAGUUCUUUGAAAUUACUUUCGCUGGUCAAAGAGACCUCUGAAGAAACAACCUUUUUCUCAGGAACGAGAAAAGAGCCUGGGAUACCUUCAGACGUGUUUGUGGGAGAAGAAACAUCUAACAACACUCGGCCCCUUUUGAAAGAAACCAGAUAUGGGAGAAAGAUUAGAGUACCUGAACGUUUAAAGAUGUAA